GUGCAGAGUACAAAGUCAAUGAAGCGCUUCCACAAAGAGCUUAGGCUUUUUUGUAGCUGUUUAUAUCUAUUUCAUAUUUGUUUUCUCUAUAAUUAUGUCUAUGAAUUUGCGCAUAAAUAUGUGUACGUUACAAUGAAUUUAAACCCUCCUGAUAUUUUAAUAUGAGCAGCAUAGUGGCGCUGUUGCUUCACACUUCUUGGAUUGGCGCCUGUGCACCGAGUGUGUGGAACCUGCGUAUUAUUGUGGUUUCCUCUGAGUGAUUUGGAGCUUUUUGUACUGUGUGCCCUACAAUGGACUGGCAUCCUGUCCGAGGUGUUCUCCUGCCUUGUGUCCUGCUGGUUAAAUGGUUGGAAGACGGAUGGAUACAUUUUAAUAAACCACGUCCAUUUGUAUCCACUCAACGAUAUGCAGGACUGUAAAAACAUGGAGAUUGAGAACAGGGAUUUCAUGAACACUCCGCCGGUGAAGACUGUGCGCUUCGGGGGAAAUGUUGUGGACACGCUGACAAAGUUUAAACAAGGUGACACGCGCGAUUAUGAGUUGUUAAAACACCAGCUGACGGACCCGGACAUCAAAGAUGCCCAGAUCAUUAACUGGCUGCAGGAGUUCCGUAACUGUGUAACUCAGCUGACCAAGGACCACGAGCAGCUGGUGUAUGCCGUCCUGAGACUGCCAUGGCUCAAAAGAAGCCCGUCAGUGGUGGAGGAGUACCUGGCAUUCCUGAGCAACCUCGUCUCUGCUCAGACCGUUUAUCUGAGGUCUUGUCUGAAAAUGAUUGUCUCCAAUUUCACACCUGGGCGAAUUAUUGUCCAGGAAGGAGAUGUCAACAUUUCAGACUCUGACGAUGACGACGAAAACCUUCCCAGGAACUUUGACCGUUGCCAUCAAGGUUUGCAGAUGAUUGGACGAUAUGUUCCAUCCACCAGCAGGUUUCUGAUGCCCAUUCUCUGCGAGAAAUUCCCUUUUAUGCACAAAUCAGCGCGCACGCUGGAGUGCUACGUGCACAACGUGCUCCGGGUCUCCAUAUUCUUCCCAGUCCUGCGGCGGGAGAUCCUGGAGCUGGUCGUGGGAAAGAUGCUCAAGCUAGAUGUGAGCGCCCCCCACAGGGAGAUCGAGGAAGUGGAGGAGAGUGCCGCAGCCCAGCAGCUGGCCAGCGAUGGCGAUCAGGACGAGUGCCUGUUCGACAUGGAGGAUGAGGAGGGGACCCCCAGGGCACCUCCUGCAGCUGUGGAGCACAGCGCCAUGGCGCAUCCGGUGGCCGAGCAGCUGGACAUGCUGAUGUGCGUGAUGCUGGCGUACGUGAAGGACGUCUGCCACGAGAACGGCUCGCUGCACCUGGAGCACACGAAAGCGCUGUACCGGGACCUGGUGUCGGUAUUCGACAAGCUCAUCCUCCCCACGCACGCUUCCUGCCACGUGCAGUUCCUGCUUUUCUACCUCUGCAGCUUCCGAUUGGGCCUCGCUGAGGCCUUCCUGGAGCACCUGUGGAAGCUGCUGCAGAGCCCCUCCCAGCCGGCGGUGCUGCGCCACACCGCGGCCGGCUAUGUCGGCAGCUUUCUGGCCCGCGCCAAGUUUGUCCCCGUGGUCACGGUGAAGGCCUGUCUGGAUCUGUUGGUACCCUGGCUGCACCAGUACAUCGACAGCCAAGAUGCGAACUCCGCCACCUUCUGCGACGUCACCUUGCACGGGCCGUUCUACGCGGCCUGCCAGGCGGUCUUCUACACUCUGGUCUUCAGGCACCAGGCCAUUCUGGAGGGGAGCAUGCGUAAAGGUCUGUCCUACCUCCAGGGCCUGAACCUGGAGCGCAUUGUGAUGAGUCAGCUGAACCCCCUCAAGGUCUGCUUGCCUCCCAUCACCUCCAUGUUCGCCGCCAUCUCCAGGAAGUAUCAGCUGGUGUUCUGCUACACCAUCAUCGAACGCAACAAUCGACUCGUGCUGCCCGUGGUCAGAAGCGGCCAAGGGGGUGACGCCCAGCCAGCCAACACCAACCCCCUGGACAGUUUCUUUCCCUUUGAUCCCUACCUGCUGAAGAGGUCAGGGAAACUCAUCGAGCCUCUGUACCAGGUGUGGAAAGAGCCCAGCGACUGUGAGGCAGACUCUCCCAAAACCGCCGGCAGAAAGGACCCUGCAGAGGAGGAGGAUGACUUUCUGCACGGAGAGACCCCACAGGUGGACGCCAUGGUGGGCAUCACCCCCGGCUCCUAUGAGUCACAAUCCCAGAGCCCUAGCAGCGUGGGCUCCCCCCCAGUCACUUUCCUUCACCGGCCCUUCUAGCCAUGAGCUGCGACCUCACCAAGAUGGCCGUCGACCCAGCGAGCCUACGUCCUGCAGUCAGGGCUGACACCCCCUCCCCCCCCUCUGUGAGAGCUCAGUGGUGGCCCCCACUCCGUCUCCCAGGGGACAAAUCUCUCCAAAACCGGUAUCAUCAAGCCGUCAGGCAGGCUGUUCCACAGUCCAGUACACGAGGUCUGAUUGGACACUGAAGGUGGGAGUAUGAGGUUGGGGUCCCUCCUGUACCCAGUAUGAUGUGGGGUCUGACCCACCUGCUCGGUGGUGUGGGUUCUGUGUCCAUGUUUAAAUAGCAGGUAGACGAGGUAAAUCUACCUGUUUAUGUUGAACCAGAAGCGGAAGCCCCUUCCUGUUGGGACAGGAACUGCAUUUUGGGGAAACCUUUAAUGAGGACUGCAAUGACUCCCCCCCACAGGGUGUCUGACCCCCAGGACUCAGGGUCACUCUGGGCAAAACUGCAACCCGUCCGGAUCCUCCUCUGCGUGUCUCUCUCCGUAGGAGCACCUUGUGUGGGACACUCAGUCUGAUGCAGUCAUGCAGACGUUGGCUGCAGUUCAGCUCGCAUGAACAGUUUUGUUUGAUAUAAAACUCCAUUGAGGUUGCUUGUGUUUUCGGGGAUGGGGGGUGGUUUGGGGCUGAAACGGGCCUUGGAUGCAGUGGGUCUGUUUACCAUGAUGCCCCAGUUACCGGAGUAACGCUGAUCUCUGCUCUUUGCCCCUGUGGAGUGUCUGCAUUCCUCUGAACGCUGGCUUGGAGGUCGUCGUGAAAGCAGCACCUCAGAACUUUGCAUCUUGGUGAGAGUCGCUGGCUCAUCUGGUGGCACCGGAUUAAGGCGGCGUCACGUUCCCGGACCUCCGGGCCUCGCUGCCAUAGCCGAUCCGCCGUAACCAGCCGCGGAGGCGCACCUGUUUAUGCCACAGAAUCUGUCCUGCUUCAGUGAAUUAGCAGCCAAACAGUAAUUAUUCUGCAAAUGUUGUGUAAGUAAAAUGCUUUACUCAGACGGGAAAAUGAGAGCCGGCUUCCUGUGUGGGAUUCAUCGCGUAAUUAAGUCAGGAGCGAGUGGCUUAAAUUAAAAUGGCACUCAUCAGGCGGAAUGUGCUGGAAUGAGGCAGUUCCAGUGACAUGAUCGGGCCCCACCUGCAUGCUAGUUGUGUGUGUGUGUGUGUGUGUGUGUGUGUGUGUGUGCGUGUGCGUGUGCGUGUGCAUCCACUUUUGAUUUUAUAAUCACCUGUUUCAUUAUGUUUCCUGGAUGUUUUGUAUGAUUAUCUGUGUAAUCUAUGACUUUUGCAUGGUCUGAUGUUGGUGAUAAUUUAAUGUUUGCUGGUAAUAAAAGUUUGGCCUUUGACCGCC